GCCAAAUUCCGUAAAUCCGAGUUCUAGCGGGAUUUGGAUUUACAGGGAUUUACCAGAUUUAAGGCGUAAAUCCGCAAAUCCUGGAUUUACGGAUUUGCCGGAUUUACAGCGCCAUUUUUUGAGUUUGGCUGGAUUUACGGUAAAUCCUACUUAAAACGGGAAAUAAAUCCGAUACCAAACACCCCCUUCGUCGUCUUCCGUUCUUCAUGCGAGAGGCGACUCGGCGGGUAGAGGGACAGCAGUUUUCCAGUCGUUUGACAGUCGGUAGUCUCCUCCUCACAGUUGCCGGCCCAGCAAGAGUCCAUGGCACCCAAGGCGAAGCCAAAGCCCUCGCCGCCAGCCGCCAAACCUCAGACGCCACCGCUGGAGGACCUUUUCUCCGCCCUCCAUCGCCAUUCCGAGAAUUCCCAGUAUGAUCAGGUCGUCCAGGUCGCAGAUCAAGUUCUUUCGGUUGCCCCUGGAGACGAGGACGCUAUUCGGUGCAAGAUCGUUGCUUUGAUAAAGUCUGAUGCCAUUGAUAAGGCCCUUUCUACUAUUCUCGCAUCUGAAAGCCUGCCCAUCGAUUUAAAAUUCUACAAGGCAUAUUGCCUGUACAGGCAAAACAAGCUGCAAGACGCACUGGAAUCGUUAAACAAUCUAGAAAGAAGUUUGAUGGUUUUACAGUUGGAGUCUCAAAUUCUUUAUCGAUUAGGGAAAAUGGAUGCUUGCAUGCAAAAUUAUGAGAAGCUACAGAAACUCAAGAUCGAUUCCUUGGAUGUAAAAUCAAAUAUUAUUGCCACUUUGGUAUCAGCUGGAAGAUCUAAUGAAAUACAGGGAAUGAUGGAUGCUCUGAAAGUUAAAGCGUCCAGUAGCUUUGAGCUAGCAUACAACGCUGCUUGUUCUCUUAUUGAGAAGAAAAAAUAUGCAGAAGCCGAACAACAACUACUAUCAGCUCGAAGAAUUGGUCAGGAAAUGCUAAUGGAUGAGGAUUAUGCCGAUGAAGAGAUAGAAUCAGAGCUAGCUCCAAUAUCUGUACAGCUCGCAUAUAUCCAGCAGUUACUUGGAAAAAAGCAGGAAGCAAUUGAAGCUUAUAUGGGUAUAAUUAGCCGCAACUUGGCCGAUGCUUCAUCACUUGCUAUUGCUACAAAUAAUCUCAUCGCAUUGAGAGGCACAAAAGAUGCUUCGGAUAGUUUGCGGAAACUUGACAAAUUAAUAGAGAAGGAUGAUGGCUCAAAGUUCUUUAAACUUGCUAGUGGUCUUGAUUUUAAAUUGUCGCACAGGCAAAGAGAGUCCUUAUAUUCUAAUCGCUUGUUUCUACUUCUUCAGACAAAUAAGAUGGAUCAGGCUCAAGAACUCGUAUCUGCGCUUCCAGAAAUGUUCCCUGAUAGUUUGACUCCUAUUCUUCUCCAAGCUGCUGUGCUGGUGAAAGAGAAGAAAGUUUCAAAAGCUGAGGAGAUACUCGGACAAUUUGCAGAAAAAUUCCCUGAAAAAUCGAAGCCCUUCCUGCUUGUUCGAGCUCAAAUUUCUGCCGCUGCUGGCCAUUUGCAGGUUGCUGCUGACUCCUUAUCUAUGAUACAUGAUAUCCGACAUAUGCCUGCGACUGUUGCGACAAUUGUUUCGUUGAAAGAGCGCCUUAAUGAUAUCAAUGGUGCUGCUGCUGUUUUGGACUCUGCUGUCCAAUGGUGGAAGGAUGCAAUGACGGAAGAUAAUAAGCUCAGUGUGAUCAUGCCGGAGGCUGCAUCCUUUAAACUCAAUCACGGGCAUGAAAGAGAGGCCUUUAAACUGUACGAAGAGCUUGUGAAGGAUCAUGGAAACAACACGGAAGCUUUGGUGGGAUUGGUUAAGACUGCUGCACGCACUGACAUUGGGAAGGCCGAGUCAUACGAGAAGCAGAUGAGGGAAUUACGAGGUCUCAAGGGAAUCAAUGUGGAAGUCCUGGAGAAGAGUUGUGGAGCAAAGCAUGUGGAAGGGAUAAAUGUGGGUAAGGUGGAAGCAUUGGAGGAAGUGAAGAAAGCCAAAUCAAAGAAGAGAAAGAGGAAGCCGAGGUAUCCAAAGGGCUUUGAUCCUGCAAACCCAGGGCCACCUCCAGACCCAGAGAGAUGGCUGCCCAAGAGAGAGAGAUCGAGUUAUAGGCCGAAGAGGAAGGAUAAGAGAGGUGGUCAGGUGAAGGGUUCACAGGGAGCUGUUGUUCGUGAGAAACAUCAUGAUGUUUCUGUUUCAAUUGCGCCUAAUCUGAAGUCCAGUCAGGGUUCUUCUUCCAAAGGCGCUGCAAGUUCAGAGCAGCCUACUAAAGCUUUCUCCAAGUCCAGAAAGAAAAAUAGGUCGUAA